AUGUUGGAGUAAAAUUGGUAGAAGAGAAGAAUAGGUGUGAUGAUAUACAUCCUAAAACUUCUUUAACCAGUAAUGCUGUACCAAUUGCGGAUUCACUGGCAAAACCAACAACUUCGAACAUUACAAACAUCAAACAUAAUGACACACCUAAUCCAGAA